AACUCCACGAAAUUUAUCGUGUUCGUCCAAACCGAGCACAGAUCAUCCGAAUCCGCAGUUCUCUGUAUUUCAAAAGUGACUCUUUUCUGAUCGCCUUUUAAAGUGUUUUACUCUAACAAAAUGGCUGCUUUUAUUAAGUUUUGCUUCCUGUUACUUUUAGUCGUGUGUGCUGUGAUAACUCAAACACAAGCUGCCUCCGAGGAGGUGAAAGCGUGUAAUGAUAUCUGCAAGAAACCCAUAGCUGAUCGGGAGCUGUGCUGUCAGAAGCAGGGUUACAGGGCCUACGGAGGUUGCUUCGAUAAUGAUAAGAAGCUGAAGUGUUACACUAAGCGGGGCUAAUCAAUAGGUUAUGCAGACUACAAAGAAGAACAGACUUUCAUUCUUCCGGAUAAAUUUACACAAAAGGAGAUGAAUACUGUACAAAUAAUUUUUUUGAAAUUUAAAAAAAACAAACUGAUACACAUUUGUGUGAAAGUUAUUCUUGAGAAGCAAUCCUCGAGAUUUUUAAAGAAUAGUGGAUUUCCACAAAAUGAGAUGAAUCGUAAAGGUAUAUGUUUUCAAAAUUUAGACAAAUUUUUUGUGAAACAUCCUGUGUAACAGUCCUCAACAUGAUAACUUUUUUCACAUUUGCAGAUGUACACCUAAAAUUAUUCGUUUCGCAAUUUUUAAACUAAAUAAAAUCAACAUGGAUGUUUACUAGGCUUUUUCAAUUUGUUUAAUAAUUGUUGUUAAAAAUUGUCCAAAUAAAGAGCUGGAUAUGUAUUAUUUGCAUGUUCGUCUGCCACAAUACAAAAUAAUUAUUACAUGAUA